AUGGGCAAGUGCACUUUCUAUGAAAUGAUUCAAUAAUUGAGUUUUGCUCAAGUCAAGCUUUGUGAACAAACCAGUCAACUUUGAACUGCCCAUAUUUCAUUCCAACAACUUACUUUGUUUCAAAAAUAUACAUUCAUUGUUUACGCACAUAAAAUUGUGUUACAAUUCCAGUAAUCUAGACUCCUUCCACAUAUCUAAUCGUUAUAGUGAAUUCAACAAAUGGCAGAAGCUUUCCUUCAAGUUCUGCUAGACAAUUUGAGUUCUAUUAUCCAAGGGGAACUUGGAUUUUUUUUUGGUUUUAAGGAGGAGUUUGAAAAGCUUUCAAGCACGUUUACUACAAUUCAAGCGGUCCUAGAAGAUGCCCAGGAGAAGCAAUUGAAGGACAAGGCAAUAAAGAACUGGUUACAAAAACUCAAUGUUGGUGCAUAUGAAGUUGAUGACAUCUUGGACGAAUGUAAAACUAAGGCAGCAAGAUUCAAGAAGACUGUAUUGGGGCAUCAUCAUCCACAGAUUAUCACUUUCCGUUACAAGGUGGUAAAAAAAAUGAAAGAAAUGAUGGAGAAACUAGAUGCAAUUGCGGAGGAACGAAGGAUGUUUCAUUUGCGCGAAAUAAUUGCUGAGAGACGAAUUGCUACACGUGAAACAGGUUUUCUUUUAACAGAACCAGAAGUCUACGGAAGGUAUAAAGAGGAGGAUGAGCUAGUGAAAAUUCCAAUUAAUGAUGCACAAGAACUUUCAGUGCUCCCUAUAAUCGGUAUGGGGGGACUUGGAAAGACGACACUUGCCCAAAUGGUCUUCAAUGAUCAGAGAGUGAUCGAGCAUUUCAACUUGAAAAUAUGGGUUUGUGUCUCAGAAGACUUUGAUGAAAAGAGGUUGAUAAAGGCAAUUAUAGAAUCUAUUGAAGGAAGGCCAAUUGGUGACCUGAAGUUGGCUCCCUUUCAAAAGAAGCUUCAGGAGUUGUUGAAGGGAAAACGAUACUUUCUUGUUUUGGAUGAUGUUUGGAAUGAAAAUCAAGAGAAGUGGGCUAAUUUAAAAGCAGUCUUGAAGGUUGGAGCAAGUGGUGCUUCUGUUCUAAUCACUACUCGUCUUGAAAAGGUUGGAUCGAUUAUGGGAACUUUGCAACCAUUUCAGUUGACAAAUCUAUCUCAAGAAGAUUGUUGGAUGUUGUUCAUGCAACGUGCAUUUGGGCAUCACGAAGAAAUAAAUCCUAAACUUGUGGCUAUUGGAAAGAAGAUUGUGAAAAAAUGUGGUGGUGUGCCUUUAGCAGCGAAGACACUUGGAGGUCUUUUACGGUUCAAGAGAGAAGAAAGUGAAUGGAAACAUGUGAAAGAUAGUGAGAUUUGGAAUUUACCCGAAGAAGAAAAUUCUAUUUUGCCUGUCCUGAGACUGAGUUACCAUCACCUUCCAAUUGAUUUGAGACAAUGUGUGUAUUGUGCAGUAUUCCCAAAGGAUACCAAAAUGAAAAAGGAAGAGCUAAUCUCUCUCUGGAUGGCACACGACUUUCUUUUAUCGAGAGAAAACUUGGAGCUAAAGGAUGUGGGUAAUGAAGUAUGGAAUGAAUUAUACUUGAGGUCUUUUUUCCAAGAGAUUGAAGUUAAAUCUGAUAAAACUUAUUUCAGGAUGCAUGAUCUCAUCCAUGAUUUGGCUACAUCUCUGUUUUCAGCAAGCAUGUCAAGCAGCAAUAUCCGCGAAAUAAAUGUAAGACAUUAUAACGAUAUGAUGUCCAAUAGAUGUUAUAACGAUAUGAUGUCUGUUGGUUUCGCUGAAGCGGUGUCUCCUUACUCUCCUCCACUGCUCUUGAAAAAGUUUCUCUCGUUAAGGGUGCUUAAUCUAAGUAACUCAAGAUAUAAGCGGUUAUCAUCUUCCAUUGGAGAUCUAGUACAUUUAAGGUACUUGAACCUGUCUGACACUGACAUUCCUAAUCUUCCAAAAAGGUUAUGCAAGCUACAAAAUCUGCAGACUCUUGCUCUCAAUAAUUGCAACCAACUUUCUUGUUUGCCAAAACAAACAAGUAAAAUUAGUAGUCUUCGGAAUCUUUUACUUGACAACUGUCCAUUGACUUCUAUUCCACCAAGGAUAGGAUCUUUGACAUACCUUAAGACUCUAGGUCGCUUUGUUGUGGGAAGCAAGAAAGGUUAUCAACUUGGUGAACUCCGAAACAUAAACCUUUGUGGUUCAAUUUCAAUCACACACCUUGAGAGAGUGAAGAAUGAUAUGGAUGCAAAAGAAGCCAAUUUAUCUGCAAAAGGAAAUCUGCACUCUUUAAGCAUGAGUUGGGAUGGACCACAUAGAUAUGAAUCAGAUUUAGUUAAAGUGCUUGAAGCCCUCAAACCACACCCCAAUCUGAAAUCUUUAAAAAUCAUUCGCUUCGGAGGAUACCGUCUCCCAGACUUUGGGGAGCUGCCUUGUCUAGAAAGUCUUAAGUUAGAAUACGGGUCUGCGGAGGUGGAGUAUGUUGAAGAGGAUGAUGUUCAUUCUGGAUUUCCCACAAGAAGAAGGUUUCCGUCCUUGAGGAAACUUCAUAUAAGUGGUUUUAGUAAUCUGAAAGGAUUGAUGAAAAAGGACGAAGAAGAGCAAUUGCCCAUGCUUGAAAAUAUGAUGAUUUCGGAUUGCCCUAUGUUUGUUUUUCCAGCCCUUUCUUCUGUCAAGAUAUUGGUUGUUCGUGGGCACACAUAUGCAACAGGUUUGAGAUCCAUAUCUAAUCUUAGCACUCUUACUUCCCUUGAAAUUGUGGGUAUCAAAGGGAUUUCACUCCCAGCAGCGAUGUUCAAAAGCCUUGCAAAUCUCAAAUACUUGCGUAUCUUUCGCAUCAAUGAUCUCAAAGAGCUGCCUACCAGCUUGGCUAGUCUAAAUGCUUUGAAGCGGCUGGAAAUUCGUUUAUGUUACGCACUAGAGAGUCUCCUCAAGGAAGGGCUGGAAGGUUUAACUUCACUCACAGAGUUAUCUCUUUUGGACUGCCAGAUGCUAAAAUCUUUACCCAAGGGACUGAAGCACCUAACAGCCCUCACAAGUUUAAUAGUUAAAGGUUGUCCGGAACUGGAAAAGCGCUGUGAGGAGGAGAUAGGUGAAGACUGGCACAAAAUUGCUCACAUUCCUGAUGUGGUUAUUGGAUGAGUCUUAUUUGUAAUUGUUUCUAGGUUUCUUUGUUUGUGAAUCUCCCACACUGGAUGCAAUUUUAUGAUUUUCUUUUAGAAACAAAUGAACGAUUUCUAAAGAUCCAUUUGUAUUAUACUUGUUAAUGUAAAAUUCAUUCACUCAA